AUGCCCUCCCUCCUCCACCGCAAACGCGACCUAACCUACUUCAUCUUCUUCCUGCUCCACAUCCCCAUCGUCUUCUUCGUCGACAUCUACCCGCUCUACCCCACCUCCCUGCGCCCGCAAUUCAUGACCACCCUGCGCCAAUGGUACAUCACCACCUACCGCGACGCCUUCUUCAUCGCGCCGCCCGCGUGGUUCACCAUGUACGUCUGGAUGGAACUGUUUUACCAUGUGCCGUUGAGCGUGUGGGCGCUGGGGGCGCUGUGGAGGGAUGAUCCAAAACUCCCGAUCCAUCUACUGAUCUACGCGCUGCAAACGGCCGUCACGACGGCGACGUGUAUUGUGGAUUAUUUGAGUUGGAGCGGGUACGAGACGAAGGAAAAGGUGGAGUUGGGGAAGUUGUAUGUGCCUUACUUGAUGGUUUCUGUAUUCAUGGGCGUAGACAUGUACACCCGUCUUGACGCCGCCUUGAGCAAGAGACAGGUUUCCGGCUCGAAGAAAGGGAAUUGA